AUGGUAUCAUUCCAGGCAUUGUGUAUGGUAUCAUUCCAGGCAUUGCGUGUGGUAUCAUUCCAGGCAUUGCGCAUGGUAUCAUUCCAUGAAUUGCGCAUGGUAUCAUUCCAUGAAUUGCGCAUGGUAUUAUUCCAUGAAUUGCGCAUGGUAUCAUUCCAUGAAUUGCGAAUGGUAUCAUUCCAGGCAUUGCACCUGGUAUCAUUCCAGGCAUUACGCAUGCUAUCAUUCCAGGCAUUGCGUAUGGUAUCAUUCCAGGCAUUGCGUGUGGUAUCAUUCCAGGCAUUGCGCAUGGUAUCAUUCCAUGAAUUGCGCAUGGUAUCAUUCCAUGAAUUACGCAUAGUAUCAUUCCAUGAAUUGCGCAUGGUAUCAUUCCAUGAAUUGCGAAUGGUAUCAUUCCAGGCAUUGCACCUGGUAUCAUUCCAGGCAUUACGCAUGCUAUCAUUCCAGGCAUUGCGUAUGGUAUCAUUCCAGGCAUUGCGUGUGGUAUCAUUCCAGGCAUUGCGCAUGGUAUCAUUCCAUGAAUUGCGCAUGGUAUCAUUCCAUGAAUUGCGCAUGGUAUUAUUCCAGGCAUUGCGCAUGGUAUCAUUCCAGGCAUUGCGCAUGGUAUCAUUCCAUGAAUUGCGCAUGAUAUCAUUCCAUGAAUAG